GUGAGUGCGGACGGACGCGUACUGCUUGUUCUUCGUAGUCGAAUUUCAGGCAAAAGUGAUUUUUGUUUAUAUUUGUGUCGACCGUGUGCAUCGUAUAACCAUCAUUGGUUACAAAAAAAGUGUACUUUAAGCUCGAUUUAAUAGCAAUUAAUCGCGAGUGUCUGUGUGUGUGUGUUUGAGAGUGUGUGCUAGUGGUUCCGGUUAUUACAUUUUGCGAAACUGUAUUAAACAGAAUAUAGAGAGGAAACAGUCGCCGCUACGUAUCAAAACACCGCAAUACGGAAUCUAUUGUCGAACGCGGCUCGGCUAGCGGAAAUCACAGCAUGGCACUUGAGGAGACCCAAAACAAUGGGUCCGCGGUGGCGGUAGCUCCCAAGGAAACGGUGCCACCGUCGCUCAAGCAACAGCAGCAACCACCGCAAGGUCAAGCGCAGAUACAGCCGUCGACAUCCAACGAAAAGCUGAACAAUCUUGUCAACGGUGGUGGCGCCACGACGGAAAAGUCUCGAUCCAACAACAAACAGAACGACACAAACACAGCGUUCCUGAGAGCAGCGCGGGCAGGGGAUCUACAGAAACUGAUAGAGUACCUAGAAACCGGUCAAGUGACCGACAUCAACACGUGCAAUACGAACGGUCUGAACGCACUGCAUCUAGCGGCAAAAGAUGGUCACUAUGACAUCGUGAACGAGCUGUUGAAACGCGGUGCGCUCGUCGAUAAUGCCACCAAGAAGGGUAACACAGCGCUUCACAUCGCUUCAUUGGCUGGCCAAAAGGAAAUCAUUCAACUGCUUCUGCAGUACAACGCAUCGGUUAAUGUGCAGUCUCAGAACGGAUUUACGCCGCUCUACAUGGCUGCGCAGGAAAACCACGACGAGUGUGUGAAUUAUCUGCUAGCAAAGGGUGCUAAUCCAGCGCUAGCUACUGAGGAUGGCUUUACACCGUUGGCGGUAGCAAUGCAGCAAGGUCACGAUAAAGUAGUUGCAGUGCUCCUUGAAAGCGACACUCGUGGAAAGGUUCGAUUACCAGCUCUUCACAUAGCAGCUAAAAAGGAUGACGUAAAAGCGGCGAAGCUGUUGCUAGAGAAUGAGCACAAUCCAGACGUAUCAUCCAAAAGCGGCUUCACUCCACUACACAUCGCUGCUCACUACGGCAAUGUAAACGUCGCUCAACUUUUGAUUGAGAAAGGUGCAGACGUGAACUUUACUGCAAAACACAACAUCACACCACUACACGUUGCGUGCAAGUGGGGAAAGCUGAACAUGGUAAAGCUGCUGAUCGCUAACCAUGGUCGCAUCGACAGUAUCACCCGGGACGGUCUUACGCCUCUUCACUGUGCCGCCCGGUCAGGCCACGAUCAGGUGAUCGAAGUAUUGUUAGAACAUGGGGCCGAGAUCAUUUCCAAGACCAAAAACGGACUUGCCCCGCUGCAUAUGGCGGCCCAGGGCGAACACGUCAGCGCGGCUCGCAUUUUACUAAUGAACAAAUCACCCGUUGAUGAUAUUACGAUCGACUAUCUCACUGCGCUCCACGUCGCCGCCCACUGUGGUCACGUGAAGGUAGCAAAGCUGCUGCUCGACCGAAAUGCCGAUCCAAAUGCACGGGCACUGAACGGUUUUACACCGUUGCAUAUUGCUUGCAAAAAGAAUCGUAUUAAGGUGGUGGAGCUUCUCCUAAACCAUGGUGCAACAAUUGGAGCAACAACGGAGAGCGGCCUAACGCCGCUGCACGUGGCCAGCUUUAUGGGAUGCAUGAAUAUCGUGAUCUAUCUGCUGCAGCACGAUGCAAGUCCGGACAUACCGACUGUUCGCGGUGAAACUCCACUUCAUCUGGCAGCACGUGCUAAGCAGACGGACAUUAUACGCAUAUUACUUCGAAAUGGAGCGUACGUAAAUGCACAAGCUCGUGAAGAUCAGACACCGCUUCAUGUCGCUUCAAGAAUUGGUAACAUGGAAAUUGUGAUGCUGCUUUUGCAACACGGCGCAAAGAUUGAUGCUGUUACGAAGGACAACUACACACCGCUACACAUCGCAGCAAAGGAGGGCCAGGAUGAAGUGGCAGCAUUGUUACUGGACAGUGAAGCCAACGUAGAAGCGGUUACGAAAAAAGGCUUUACACCGUUGCAUUUGGCGGCAAAGUAUGGUAAUCUUAAGUGCGCCGAACUGCUGCUAGAGCGCGGUGCCCAAGUGGAUGUACAGGGCAAGAACGGUGUUACCCCGUUGCACGUUGCUAGUCACUACGAUCAUCAAAAGGUAGCGCUUUUGCUGCUUGAGAAAGGUGCUUCACCGUACUCGCCAGCUAAGAACGGCCAUACCCCAUUGCACAUUGCGUCGAAGAAGAAUCAGCUGAACAUCGCAACCACGCUGCUGGACUACAAGGCAGACGCAAAUGCGGAGAGUAAAACCGGUUUCACACCGCUUCACCUAUCUGCCCAAGAAGGUCAUGGUGACAUGGCCCGUGUGCUGCUGGACAAUGGGGCAGAUCCAAACCAUGCCGCUAAAAAUGGGCUAACACCAUUGCACUUGUGCGCGCAGGAAGACCAUGUAGGCAUUGCCGAAACGCUGCUGGAGCACAAGGCUCGCAUCGAUCCGGUUACAAAGACUGGCUUUACACCGCUGCACGUAGCGGCUCAUUUUGGCCAGGCGGGAAUGGUGAAGUACCUGAUCGAAAACGAUGCUAACAUCGAAAUGAAGACCAAUAUUGGCCAUACACCGUUGCAUCAGGCUGCUCAGCAAGGGCACACACUCAUUAUUAACAUUCUUCUAAAGAACAAAGCUAAUCCGGAAGCAGUUACUAAUGGCGGCCAGACAGCGCUUUCGAUUGCGGACAAACUGGGCUACAUCACAGUGGUGGAAACGUUAAAGGUAGUCACAGAGACCAGUGUCACACAGACAGUGGAUGAAAAGUUUAAGAUCGUUGGACCGGAAACUAUUCACGAGACGUUCCUGUCGGACUCAGAAGAUGAGGGGCCUGAAGGAGGCACACCACCCCCACCGACCGCUAUGAAAGCCCUAAUGCAAGCGCAGCAGUUGUAUGGCGGUAGUGGUGCUAUCAAGUACUAUCAAUCGCAAAUGCGUUACACACGUGAAGAUCCGAUCAUGUCCGACCAACAGCAAUACAACUACAUGACGAGCGAUGAAAACAAGCAGUUUGACGAUACGAACCUCACCAACAUGAGUAUUGAUCCGUUGAAAGAUGACAAAUACCUGGAGAAGAUCAUUUCCCGCGCAGAGAACUACACCGUAUCGGCCAUGGAUCGGUCGCACACGCCCAAUCCACUUGACAUUACCGUGACUGAUAAUGUCAACAUCACUCGCAAACCGAUCCACGUUGGGUCACAUAGCAACGAUGCACUGUCGUUGACAAUCGAUCGAUUGGCCAACAUUUAUUGUGGUGAUCAGAUAAAGUUUGUCCCGAUGUGUAGGGAAAGAUUUAUGGUAUCGUUUUUGGUUGAUGCACGUGGCGGCGCAAUGCGUGGCUGUCGCCACAGUGGUGUGCGUGUGAUCGUACCACCCCGAUCAGCCGCACAACCUACAAGAAUUACCUGUCGCUACGUGAAGCCUCAACGUAUUACCAACGGUCCUCCAUUGAUGGAAGGAGAGGCCCUGGUAAGCCGUAUUCUCGAGUUGGCUCCAGUAGGUGCCAAGUUCCUUGGGCCCGUUAUUCUUGAGGUUCCACAUUUUGCUUCACUGCGCGAUAAGGAACGUGAAAUCAUUAUCCUUCGAUCUGACAAUGGAGAAACUUGGCGUGAACAUACCCUAUACGAUAGUGAAGAAGCUAUUCAUGAAGUGUUGAACGAGACGUUCAAGGGUGAUACGUUAAACUUGCUUGAAGAUUUGCAUACAAAUAGGAUUACGCGCAUCGUCACCAAUGACUUUCCGCACUACUUUGCGAUCGUUUCGCGCAUCCGUCAGGAGGUUCAUGCUAUCGGACCGGAGGGUGGCACUGUGUCUGCAACGGCCGUCCCACAAGUACAGGCGAUUUUCCCGCAGAACGCGUUGACCAAAAAAAUUCGCGUCGGACUGCAGGCUCAGCCGAUUGACAUGAACACGACAGCCAACUUGCUCGGCCGUAGCGUAGCCGUCUCGCCGGUUGUCACAGUGGAACCACGACGCCGUAAGUUCCACAAGGCAAUUACGCUCAGUAUGCCGGCACCGAAGGCUUACAACUCAGGCAUGAUCAACCAGUACUCGGGCAAUGCGCCUACGCUGCGUCUGCUCUGCUCGAUCACGGGAGGCCAGAACAAAGCCGUCUGGGAAGACGUCACUGGUUCUACGCCCCUAACGUUCGUCAACGAUUGUGUUUCGUUCACUACGACAGUGUCAGCCCGUUUCUGGCUGAUGGACUGCCGCAACAUUGGCGAGGCAACGAAGAUGGCCACUGAACUGUACUCCCAAAUGGCGCACGUACCGUUCAUGGUGAAGUUUGUCGUGUUUGCCAAACGUGUCGAUCAAAGCGAGGCAAAACUAAGCGUAUUCUGUAUGACAGACGACAAAGAAGACAAAACACUGGAGCACCAGGAGCACUUUACCGAGAUUGCAAAGUCUCGGGAUAUCGAAGUAUGCGAAGGGCGCACUGUCUAUCUGGAGUUUGCCGGUAAUAUUGUGCCAGUGAUGAAAUCGGGAGAACAGCUUUCCCUGCAGUUCAACGCGUUCAAAGAAAACCGGCUCACCUUCACGGUCAAGAUCAAGAACAACCUGGACGAUUUACUUGGACGUAUUUCUUUCAUGAACGAACCGAAGGUGGCCAAGGGUGAGCCGAUUCAGACCCCGCUGUGCACUCUCAACUUUACCCUUCCCUCCGAGAAGUUUGGUCUUGGUGGGGACGACCUGGAGACAACUUCCGAAUUCGAUCAGAGCUCCACCGAGGUGCUGAACAGCGAACAGCAAGCCGUCGUCGCAGCCGCCAAUCGCGGUAAAACGCUCAACUUCACCUUCCAAAAUGGUGACGGUGGGAGCGAAAUACACAAGGCAGACAUAAAAAUCACCGAUAUUUGCAACCUGCUCGGAUCGGAUUGGCCUCUGCUAGCUGAUGAGCUUGCAAUUACACCGUCCGACGUCGAAUUGAUACGGGCGGAGUACCCGAACGACGAGCCACAGCAAGCAAUAGUAAUGCUGCGGCUAUGGUUACGUCAAGCCGGCAGGGAUGCAACUGGAAAUGUGCUUGAGCAGGCCCUCAUUAAAAUCAACCGGCCUGACAUUGUGAACAAAUCGAUUACGAAUUUGGAGCCUGUAACGGACGAAUACGAGCGACGAGUUGCACAGCGGCAAAUCGGUUCGAUGAAUGGGCUUGACGAAAUUGACCCGGCAAGAGUUAACGGAAUGCCAGUCGCUAGCAGCUCGAUGCACGAAUCAGAACAUGAACCGACAGAAGAAAAGCAAGAACACGAAGCAGUAGAAAAGGACAAACAAUUACCGACGGACAACAAUUCGCCGACGGGUUCGGUGUCUCCAGAUACUACCGAAGCGUUCCAGCAGAUUCGUCGUGAGAGCGAAAUUCUCGGCAUAGCAGCGAUCAAAAAGGAGGACCUUUCCACGCCCCCACCCAGUCCGGCCGAUUUCAGUACCCAAGUCAGCCAAAACAGCAGCAAGGCAAGCGCGGAUGAGGGACGAAACGAUGCAGUAGCCGAGGAUGUGCAAGAAAUCAUUCAGCAAGCCAUCAAAGAUCAUGACACGCAUGACGAAGACGAGGAGGAAGACGCUCCGGUGGUGGUGGGUGCGGUUGGCAGCGAUUCGGCUAUCAGUGAUCGCGAGGAAGAUUCCGAAGGAUUCGAGCUGGACCUCGAGACGGACAAGAGCGGCAAAGUGAAGACGAUCAAGAAACACUCAAAAGUGAACAUAAAAAUUAACAAAACCGUCGCACAACGUCCGACUGUGGGAGACAUCGAAUGGGAAGCGCCCGGAUCGGAAUGCCCGCGGCAGCCACAAAUAGAGAUUUCGUCAGUAAACUUGGAGGACGUUUCGAACGAUCGGCGGUACAGCUUGGAUCACAUUGAUCCGAUUGCUGAAGGACUGACUACGGGCGUUAACGCGCGUGCUUACGAGAAGUCUCUCUCGACACCGGGUGAAACCGAACAGAAAAAGUCCGAACAGAUCGUUAUCAUCUCAUCCGAUAACAACAUCUCGGAGGUGCCGGCCGACUACUCGGGUGACAUUGACGAGUUCAUUUUCGUGCAAACGUCGCCGGAAAACUUUGCCAAGAUGGAGAAAGAGCAAGCCGCUGGUGGCGUUGUGACGGAUGAGGACGACAACAGCAAUUUAGUGAUCAUUACAGAGGAGCACUAUGACUAUGAACUUACGAGCGAUGACGAUCGACGCUCGUCCAGUGUGCUGGAGGAUCCUUCUCCGCCCGAGGAGAAAGAUCUCGAAGGAUACACAGUUGCGCCGUCUUCGGAUACCAGGCCAGAAGCUCAAAAGCGCUUUAUUGUCGGUGGUAGUAGUAGUUCGGAAAGCGACGAAGAAGCCCACCAGCGACAGCACCAUCAUCAGUCCGGAUCGACAUCGCUUGGAAGGCGCACGAUGCGAACUAAAGCCGUUCCUACGGGUCUGACCAUUACCGAGGACGAAACGGUCGUGCUGAAAGGCGAUCAGACAAACCAGACCAGUACCACCAGUCCCGCGAUAACCGUCUGUCAGCCGACACCGCCACCGGUGCAGCCACCCUCUAGUAGUACCAGCAACAACUUCUCCAUCCGCACAGGACCGGGAUCAUCGAGCGGGUCAGACGUCGCCCUGCACGAAACGGCGGGCGAGCUGAGCGAUGACGAUGAAACAGGUAAAGUCAGCAGCAAUGCCGCGGUGGCCAAUAGUGGCCAAACCGGUACGGUUGAACAGAAAGCGGAGACUUGUUUAGCAGAGGAAUCGCAUCCUUCUUUCCCUGUUAGCACCUCGGGUGUGGCGGUGAUCGUAACCCAAGUAUCCAACGAUCUGAUCGAAGACGAAGAGCCUCCGCAGGUAGCGGAGGAGGACAAUGAUGAUGUGUUGAUCGAUUUUGGUGGAGGAGACAAACCGAACGAUUCUGGCGUCGAUAACACUGACGAUAAUCGUGCCACUGGCACUGGUGGUGGCUCUGUACUUGUUCAAGCAGGAUCGGACCUAGCAGAAGACAGUACAGAAAUUAAAAACUAUCUUGUUCAGAACAAUGAUCAGAUGACAGGAAUGGAGCCAACCGAACCGCCAAUGGAGUCCGCAACUCCGCUGAACGAUGGUUCCACUCGAACCGAAACAAAUACUAUCGUUGACGAAUCGGAUGAUGGAACUGUUCGUACUACGAUUAUCACUACAACGACUACGCUGAGUACGACCGGCGACGAUAUACCGGAGGAUUUAGAAGAACAGCUACUGAAACAGCUGCGCGAUCAGCAGCUGUUGCAGGAAACCCAGCAGCUGCAGCAGAACCAGCCACAGUCAAACGCACAGGAAGGCAAUCAGGUGGUCACAAUAACUACAACUACUGCGGAGGAGGAUCCGGACACGGGUGUAGAAACGACGUCCACCUCGACCACACGAACCACAACGACGACUAAAACGAUCACGCUGACUCCGGACGGAGAUUUCCCCGAGGAUGAAUUGCUGCAAAAGAUCACAACGACCACGACGCACACCUCCCAGCAGAAUAUACCCGAAAUGGUAAAGGAAACCACCGUCACCGUAACGGAAAUGGUGGACGGCCGGACGCUAGACGGUGCUGCCAAAGCACUCAACAACAUAGUCGACGACUUUAUGAACCACGAGCGGAAAAACUAAAAUGUGCGAUUUGAUAGUUUUAAACGUUAUUAUGAAGCACCAUCACGAAGAAUUUUCGUGCAGCCAAGUCAUGUUUCUACACCCAGGUUGAAGGCACAACAUCCGUAGGGUACGAUGAAAUGCGAAAUGAACCUUUCUAUAUUGCACUCACGAGGAGGUCUUUGCGCACAAGCUACAAACUGUUGUAAUCUACAAAGGUAGAGGUAAAGGUUUUUUUAUUUACUUGUGGCUAUAAAGUAUCACGCACACCCUAGCAGCCAGGAGUGGUGCUCUUUUGAGUUCACCCGAAGGACGGGCUUUUUUCUAGUGCCUGUAUAAGUUUUUUUUUAUUACAAGCGUGUGAUCGCAAUGACAACGAAAAGCUUACAACAAAGAUGCGUGUGCGUGUUGAUGCUCUCGCUUAGCAGCGAUCGAUGCAGAUGCAGCAAAUGUGUUUGUCCCUGGACCAUUCAACUCUUUCUACAAGAAAUAGGAGUUGUAAAAUCGCAAUCAUAUACAAAACUGGUCCCCGGUACUACUUAUCUUUGCGUCAUACGGCAUUAGCUAAUGUAGUGUGUGUGUGCAGUUUUUUUUUUUUCUUAAUAAAAAAUCACUUCGCACAUAAUAUGAGCCCGAUCAUCAUCGUGAUGCUAGAUGGCAGCGAAGGUGUGAGGACAAAAUCAGAACUAAAAAUCCAUGGAAUUAAGCUUAACGUACAAAUUGUCAUGCAAAAAAUAUCAUUGAGAUCCCGAACUAUAAAGUUUCACUAUAUUUAAUGAAAUCGUCGCAAAACAACAAAACAUGAAAAUACAAAACUCUAGUUAGUCGUGCACACGUAGAUGCAGAGCAAAACAGCAAAAUUCUUCGAGCCGUAUAUUCAUAUACAUAUUUAUCUUAGAUGUAAGGAAUACCAGUUACAGCACGUAAUGCAAACGAAAUCAGUAGCUUUACGGCUAUGGAUGUAAGAAAAUGACAUCAAACUGUUUUCUGAGCCACAGUUUCACUGACCUUAGAUGCAAGCAUGAAACGCAAACAACAACGCUUGGGCAUUGAUGAGCAUAAAAGUAAGCAAAAAUUCGCAUAAUUGGAACCAUUAGACAGCAUUACAAAUCGUAGCACAAUAUUAAUUGAUGCCGAAAUUUAGGGUCCCAAUGCAUAGGCAAAUCGAAAAGCUUUUCAUAAAAAAGCAAAAACAAACUAUUUAUCGAUUGAUGGUAGCAAAUCGUACAAAAAAAAAACAAUAAUAUUCUCGCUUUGCUUAUCGUACCCAACUAAGCCAGGUCAAAUGAGUGCAGACAGCCGAUUUUGAAGAUAUUUGUAUUUGUUUAUCCUAUUUGUUUUGGGAACAAUAAUUCGUGCUCUGUUCAGACGUAUCAAUUGUUACGCUACCGCCCUUCUAAUCCCAUUUUUACCAGUGAUUUCAAAUUGAUGGCAACCGCCGGGGCAAUCAAAUAGUUUUGCUUUUAUUUGUAAAGAUAUAUUGUGUAAGAUUUCUGUUUUGUUGUAUUGAUUUAUGUAUAAUUUUAUUGCUUUGUGAAAAUCAAACACUAUUUUGCUUCACGUACUAAUGUUAUUCAAUUUGUAUCAUCAACAUCAGCAUAAACUUUAAAUGGCAGCUCAAGUUGCGGAAACCGAUUGAUUGUGAGUGACGCGUUAGUUUUAAUCGAAUGAAGCUAUUUAUUAAUUCGUUGCGAUAUAUAUUACACAAACUCAUUGCUUUGUGAAAAGUAUGAAAGUAUGUUGGCCAAUUGCAAUGAAAGCAGCGAAGAAAAAAGUGAACCGUUCAGCAGAAAAAGGUUUGGCAAAGCGUGUGUAAUUUUUAAAACAAGUAGAACGAUGAAAUCCAAAACAUAAAGAACAAAUGAAACGAUCAAGUUUAUUGAGGAAAAAAUGGGAGAAUCAAAACAAAGGAUUAAUGAAAUGAAAGUACGAUACUAUAUUUUUUAAAUUGUGUAUAGAGUUUAUUUACAAACAAUUGCAGACAAAUGCGCAAACAAAGGCAAAUGAGAAGUAAGCUUAAUGAAAUAAAACACUGCACUUGAUUGAUCGUGCGAUCAAACUACAUGUGUGCUAAAUAGCCGACAAACCGUAUCUGUUUUGCAUUACACACAUAAAUGCACCCGAGUGAACGCGCGUCAAAAACGUACAUAUAAUCGAUUGGUUGCUGUACGUUAUGAUGCUAAAGGAUGCUCCCAAAAUCCUAGCUGCAUUAGAAAAUAUCAUUUGAAAAGGAAAACCGUGUGACCUAAACACGAACUCAUGAUUACGAAAUAUAUUCAAUCAAUCACCUGA